CGAUAGAAAUUCUUAAAGGAAACGACUUCGUUCAAGAUCAAACACAAUAUUCCCCGAAAUUAGGAAGGAAAAACAUAUAGAGGAAAUAACUAUCAUUCUAUUGAAUCCGUCAAAAUGUCGACGACGGUUGAGAAGAUUAAAGAAAUUGAGUCCGAGAUGGCUCGGACUCAAAAGAACAAGGCGACGUCGUUUCAUCUGGGUCAGCUGAAGGCAAAGUUGGCGAAAUUGAAGCGCGAACUCCUAACCCCUUCGUCAAGCGGCGGCGGUGGUGGAGGCGCUGGAUUCGACGUUGCCAGGACCGGUGUUGCUAGUGUUGGUUUCAUCGGCUUUCCAUCCGUGGGAAAGAGUACUCUGAUGAGUCGAUUGACUGGUCAACACUCCGAGGCAGCGGCGUAUGAGUUCACCACUCUAACAUCCGUGCCUGGCCAGGUCAUGUACAAUGGAGCGCCAUUACAAAUGAUUGAUCUCCCAGGUAUCAUCGAGGGAGCCAAGGAUGGCAGAGGCCGUGGUCGUCAGGUGAUCGCUGUCGCUAAAACUUGCCAUUUGAUCUUCAUCGUCUUAGACGUGAACAAACCCCUGACAGACAAGCGCGUUAUCGAAACGGAACUGGAGGGAUUCGGUAUUCGUAUUAACAAAGAACCGCCCAAUAUCACCUUCAAGAAGAAGGACAAGGGUGGCCUUAACAUUACCAGUACCGUACCCCUAACUCACAUUGACCAUGACGAAAUCAGGGCCGUCAUGUCCGAAUAUCGUAUCAACUCAGCAGAUAUUGCGAUUCGCUGUGACGCUACUGUUGAUGAUCUGAUCGACAUCCUGGAAGCCAAGAGCCGCAGCUAUAUUCCAGUCAUUUACGUUCUCAACAAGAUCGACGCCAUCAGUAUCGAAGAACUGGAUCUCUUGUACCGAAUUCCCAACGCCGUGCCCAUCAGCUCUGAGCAUGGGUGGAACGUCGACGAACUAAUGGAGGCUAUGUGGGACAAGCUAAAAUUGGUCCGGGUUUACACGAAGCCAAAAGGGAAGAUGCCGGACUAUUCAGCACCUGUCGUGCUUCGUUCCACCAGGUGUACAAUCGAAGACUUUUGCAACGCAAUCCACCGGAGCAUUGUAGAGCAGUUCAAAACUGCAGUGGUCUAUGGAAAGUCUGUCAAGCACCAACCCCAACGCGUGGGGCUCGCCCACGAGUUGGCCGAUGAAGAUAUAGUCACCAUUGUCAAGAGAUGAGUGGUUGAAAUAUUGAAAAAAGGGGUCGAAUCAAGGUCCCUUGACGCACCUUCGACCCACAAUGAUGAAGGGCGUUGAAAUUCGUUGGCUCCCUUGCUC